ACUUCCCGUGGAUCAGGAGCUGAAGAAGGCCUUCACAGAGCUUCAAACCAAAGUUAUUGACACUCAACAGAAGGUGAAGCUUGCAGACAUACAGAUUGAACAGCUAAACAGAAUGAAAAAGCAUGCACAUCUUAUAGAUACAGAGAUCAUGACUUUGGUAGAUGAGACUCACAUGUAUGAAGGUGUAGGAAGAAUGUUUAUUCUUCAGUCCAAGGAGGUAAUUCACAAUCAACUGUUAGAGAAACAGAAAAUAGCAGAAGAAAAAAUUAAAGAAUUAGAACAGAAGAAAUCCUACCUGGAGCAGAGUGUGAAGGAAGCGGAGGACAGCACCCGGGAGAUGCUGAUGGCACGAAGGGCACAGUAGGAAAUCUCUAGCAGAAGCUUCCUGCUCCCUCCCAUUCCUGGCAAGGGCAGAGGGGCCCAUGUGGGGAAAGCAUCCUCUCUUCUGCCCUGAUGGACUUUUUGUUUGGAUAAUCUGGUGACCCUAUGUUUUCUACUUCACCCUGAUCCCUUUUCAGAUCCCAAUUCUGGGUUUUUUAUCCUGGCUCUGUCUACCACCCCUGCCCAGAACACUCUUCUCCUCUGGGGGUG